CCUCCCACUCCUUUACACACAACUCCCCACACCCCGUCCGGCAGCAUGAAGCUCAAGGACAUCUCGCGCACAGCGACGUUCGCGUGGGACCCUUCGCCGUCGUCGGUGCCGCUCAUCGUCACCGGCGCCGUCGCCGGCGCCCUCGACGAGAGCUUCAGCAACGACUCGCAGCUCGAGAUCUGGGCACCCAAGCUCUUCGAAUCCGAGAAGGAUGACUCGCCCCAGGGCUACCGUCUCGGCGCAAAGGGCCAGAACAAGCCCGAGGGCAGCGUCACCGUGUCGAGCAGGUUCAACCGCCUUGCCUGGUCUCAGCCCGGCGCGACCGCCUCGGGACGCGGCGUCAUCGCUGCCGGUAUGGAGACGGGCGAGCUCUACCUCUACGACCCCACCAAGCUGCUCGACGGCGGAGAUGCCCAGAUCUUCAAGAACGACCAGCUCCACACUGGUCCGGUCCGCGGCCUCGACUUCAACCCGAUCCAGAAGAACCUCUUGCUCUCGGGCGCCAUCAACGCCGAGCUCUUCAUCACCGACUUGAAUAACCCCUCCAAGCCCAUCCCUCCUGGACAGCUCUCGACCAAGCUCAACGAGAUCACUGCCCUCCAGUGGAACACGACCGUGUCGCGUGUGUUUGCCGCGUCGUCCUCGUCGGGAUACACCUCGGUCUGGGAUCUCAAGGCCGGCAAGGAGGUCGUCAGCCUCCAGUACGGCGGCGGUGCCGCCAAGGGCGACGUCUCGGGUCGUUUUGCUGGACAGCAGAUCGGCAAGCGCCGUGGCAUGAGCGAUGUCUGCUGGCACCCUGAGCAGGGCACUCGUCUCAUUACUGCCUCGGAAGACGACGAGUCGCCCAUCAUCAUGCUCUGGGAUCUCCGCAACACGCGCGCCCCCGAGCGCAUCCUGUCGGGCCACACCAAGGGCGUGCUUUCGGUGUCGUGGUGCAAGCAGGACCCCGACCUCCUCGUCUCGAGCGCCAAGGACAACCGCACGCUUCUCUGGAACCCCCAGACUGGCGACAUUGUUGGCGAGCUUCCCACCACCAGUGACUGGCCUUUCCAGACUUCGUGGUGCCCCAGCAACCCCAACAUCCUCGCCACGGCGUCGUUCGAUGGCCACAUCGGCAUCCACUCUCUCCAGGCUACGCGCGACGAGGAGCCCGCCGCCCCCGCCCUCCCCGACACGGCCACCGCCGAGGACAUCUUCAGCUCCCUCGGUCAGACGAGCGCGAGCGACGACCGCGCCAACGUCCAGUCGUUGACGCAGGCGCCAAAGUGGAUGCGCCGUCCCGUAUCGGCCACCUUUGGCUACGGUGGUCUCCUCGCCAGCGUCUCCAACCUCCCCGACGCCGCCGGCAAGCACCAGAGCGGUGUGGUCCACCUCCGCCAGAUCAUCACCGAGGACUCGAUCAUCGAGCGCGCCAAGUCGCUCGAUGAGACCGCUGGUGACAAGGAGAAGCUGGCCGAGUUUGCCAGCAACAAGUCGGAGGACGCCGCCUGGAAGGCGCUGCAGACUCUCUUCCGCACCAACUCGCGCGAGGACCUCAUCACGCUCCUCGGCUUCUCCAAGGAGGAGGUUGCUACCAAGGUUGCCGAGGCCGUCAAGAAGCUCGCGCCUCCCAAGGAGUCGCCCUCUGAGCUCCCUAAGGUGCCCGAGGUGAAGGCUGAGGACGAGGAGGAGAAGGAGACGACCCCCACCUCUUCGAGCGCAGCCGCCAACCUGUUUAGCAGCAGCGGCCCCGGCACCCCUGUCGCUACUGGUGACGAACCCGACUUUUUCUCGUCCAUCGCUCAGGGCGGCACCCUCCGCAACCCUGCGCUGGACAACAUCGUCCCCCACCUGAACGCGCCUCCCGACUCGUCGGUGGCGGCCACUGUCGGCUCUGGCCCCUCGUCGGUUCGCUCCGAGAACAUUGGCAAGGACAACACCUUCCACAUCUACCCUCCUGGCGAGUCGGAUGUCGACAAGCUCAUUACCCAGGCCCUGGUCCUUGGUGACUUCUCCUCGGCUGUUGACCUCUGCAUGGCGUCGGAGCGCUUUGCCGACGCCCUCCUUCUUGCUGUUCGUGGCGGCCCCGAGCUGCUGCAGCAGACCCAGAAGGCUUACUUUGCCCGCCGCACCAUGGCGCACCCCUUCCUGCGCGUGUUCCAGUCCAUCGUCACCGAGGACCUUGUCGACAUUGUGCAGAACGCCGAUCUCGGCGAGUGGCGCGUCGUCUUUGUCGUUCUGUGCACUUUUGCCAAGGAGGCCGACUUUGCCAACCUGGCCGACCAGCUCGGCCGCCGCCUGCAGUUCAAGUGGCAGCUCCUCGCCGCGUCGGACAGCCCCGAGAACAAGGAGGCUGCCAAGACUGCGCGUCAGGACGCCACCCUCUGCUACCUCGCUGCUCGCAACCUCGAGCACGUCGUUUCCAUCUGGAUCGACGAGAUGUCCGAGGAGGAGGCCGCUGCCACUGAUGCCCCUCGUUACUCGGCCCAUGCCAAUGCGCUCCAGACCUUCAUCGAGAAGGUUGCCGUGUUCAAGGCGGCGACUGGCUACGUUGACAAGGAUCUCUCGAACUCAUCGUCUACCACCGAAGCUGGCGCUCGCACGUACGCCCUGUCCGGUCUCUACGACAGAUUCUACGAGUACGCCGACCUCCUUGCCACCCAGGGCCUCGUCGAUAUCGCGGCCAAGUACGUGCAGCAGACCCCCAAGGACUACGUUGGCACCGGCGGUCUUGCUCUCGACAAGGCAAGGGAGCGCGUCUUUGUUGCCGCAGGGGUCUCGGAGCAGAAGCCAGGCCAGUCGUCCAAGAGCUUCGUCAGCACCAAGUCUGCCGGUGGCCCGUCGGCCCAGAAGUACCCAGCCGUCAACUCGUACAACAACUAUGCUCCGGCCCCCACUUCAUUCCAGCCAGCUGCUCCAGCUCCAUACCAGCCGGCGCCGUCCAACCCCUACCCCGCUGCCAGGGCUCCUCCUGCGGCCUCAGGCCCAUACGCCCCGACGGCAGCGGCGACGGGCCCGUACGCUCCUGCCCCCACCAGCACAAACCCCUACGGACCUCCUCAGCCGACUCAGCAGCCCUCGCCUUACAACCCUACCGGCUACGCGCCGCAGACGUUUAACUCCAACGGCUAUGGGCCGCCUGAGCCCCAGGGGCAGUUCAACUACCCCACGUCAUCCUAUGGCCCCGGAGCGGCGACCAUUCCUCCUCCUCCCCCUCGGGCGGUGAACCCGGAGACUGGCGAGCCCUUGCUGCCGGCCGCUCAGCGCCGUGAUCUGUCAGGCUGGAACGACGCUCCUUCGCUUGCCCCUCCCAAGCGCCCCGCCAGCGCUGCAAGGGAAACGCCCAAGCCUGCGGCGAUCACCUCGCCGUUCCCCAUGGCGGAGCAGGCUCCCUCGCCAUACGGACCUCCUCAGGGCAACACCAGCAACACGCUUCCUCCCCCACCUGGUCGAGGGCCGCCUGGUGUCGUUCCUCCCCCUCCCAAGGGGGGACCUCGCCCGGCAUCCCGCAGCUCCCCUGCCUCGCCGCCACCGCCGCCUCCGCCUGCUGCUAUCCAGCAGCCAUUCCUCUCGCAGCCACCUGCGGUCGCCGCCCCGCAGUCUCCCCCGCGCUUCGCCCCACCCCCUGCCGCGGCGCGACCCCCGCCCCCUCGUGGAACAGUGAGGGCCGGCCCUCCUCCCCCUGGUGUCGUCGGUGGCCCUCCCCCCCGCGCGCUCUCGCCAUUGGGUCCCGGUGGACGCCAGCCUCCCAACUCGUUUGGCGGCGCCGUAAGCCCUCCUCCUCCGCCCCCCGGCGCGAGGUUGGGCGGCCCGCCUCCUCCUGGACGUGCCGGCCCCCGCCCUCCCCACGCUGCGACCCCGCCCCCAGCCGCUGCCCCAUCUCCUCCCGCUCAGCCCAGGCAUCCUGCCGGUGACCGGUCCCACAUCCCUGCGCAGUCGCGCCCGGUGUACGAGGCCUUGUCGGGCGAGUUGAACCGGGUCAAGCAGGCGGACCUUCCUCCCCACGUGAAGAAGAUUGUGGGCGACACUGACCGCCGCCUCAACAUUCUCUUUGACGAGCUCAACAACGACGCGCUCGGACCAGAAACGAUUGGCAAGCUCAACCAGAUUGUCCAGUUCAUUGGUGCUCGCGACCCGAAUGCUGCGCUCGCAGUUCACGUUGACCUGUUGACUACGGCUACUACGGAUACGAGCCACUGGGCGCCUGGAGUCAAGCAGCUUAUCCGCUUGGGUAUCUAA